AGGACGCUCUAUCUAGGUCUGCUGUGGUUUAUGUCGUCGGCAAGAGCUUUCAAACGUUAAACUACUGGAAUUGAUUUUUAUUUUCAGGUUGAAAAACCCCAAAUCUGUCAAUCCCCAAUGGAAGACAAACCCCAGAUCAUUGCAUAUAUUCAGAAGUCACUGAAUUUCACCCUGUACGAUACAAGAUGGGUUCCGUGCAGUGCUCGCUUCGUCGUGCUUGGCAACCACCCACGCAAGACCGGUGCGUUGCAUAUCUAUGAAAUGUCGGCUACCGGAGAUGUCAAACUUCUACACGAGGCUGAGAAAAAAGAGGCAUUUCGCUGUGGCACAUUUGGAGCAUCCCACAUUAACCAGAGACACUUAGCAACAGGAGAUUUUGAUGGAAAUUUACGAAUAUGGAAUUUGGAAAAGAUUGACAUGCCCGUGUAUUCAGCCAAGGGUCACUCUGAGAUCAUCAACUGCAUUGAUGGUGUCGGGGGUCUUGGAAUCGGGGAGGGGGCACCAGAGAUUGUCACUGGAAGCAGAGAUGGUGCUGUCAAAGUCUGGGACCCCAGGCAGAAGGAUGACCCAGUGGCCAACAUGCAGCCAGCCGAGGGAGAGACAAAGAGAGACUGCUGGACGGUGGCCUUUGGUCAUGCCUACAAUCAGGCUGAUAGGUGCAUAGUAGCGGGCUACGACAAUGGAGAUAUCAAACUAUUUGACUUACGGAACAUGAGCCUGCGGUGGGAGACUAACAUCAAGAACGGGGUGUGCUCCGUUGAGUUUGACCGGAAGGACAUCAAUAUGAACAAACUAGUUGCUACGACGCUGGAAUCAACAUUUCAUGUUUUUGACAUGCGCACUCAACAUCCGACAAAAGGCUUUGCUUCACUCAAAGAAAAUGCUCACAAAUCAACCAUUUGGCUGGUCAGACACCUACCACAGAACCGUGAUGUCUUCAUGACUCUUGGAGGCUCAGGCACGUUAAACCUCUGGAAGUAUUCCUAUCCAGAGAAGAGAGUUGUAACCGACGGCAAUGGAGUAGACAUGGGCGUGAUUGGAUCGUUGAACCUUUUGCAGAAUGCCGCGCUGUCCACGCAACCCAUUGGUGGCUUCGACUGGAGUCCGGACCGGGAGGGAGUGUGUGUCUGCACGUCCUUUGACCAGAUGCUGCGUGUGCUUCUCGUCACUAAACUGAACCGGGUGUGAAGCGGGGGCCACAGUCGAGUCUGUCAGGAGUCCUUUUGUAGGUCCAGUUGCAAGUGUGGUCAAAGUGUCUCCAUAAUGAUUGGCUUGAACAGCACAAGACUGGAUGACCAUGGCUGUAGCUAUAGAGGGAAGGGGUACAUUCUCCAAACAUAAAAGCUACAGUUCAAUUUAAAAUAUGGCUGCUGCCUCAGAAAUUUCCCCCUAUUUAUGCCACUGUGGAUGACUUGUGAGGACUUUUGAUGGACUUGACAUCACUGGCACAGACCAGAAUGUGGACAGGAAAGAAAAGUUUAACUUUGACUUGUUGAAGUCAGGGCAAAGAGAAGAAAAGGUUGAUGUUUGCUGGUUUAAACAGGGUUUUCCUGAUUCUUUAACACAGAGUGGAGAAGACACUGAAGUCUCCUGUCAUGGAUUGAGAUUUUGUCAGAAAUAUCUUGCGUCCUUGAGUAAAUCCAGGUUGUUGCAGUUGGUCACCUUCUUUCAUUGGACGGUAAAAAAGAUUAUGGAAUAACGUCAAAGUCAUUUCAUUUUAUGUCAUAAGAUGCAAGAGGUGUGCAUUCUGUCAUAUUCAUGUUUCAGAAAUAACUAGCCGACUUUCUAGGGCAGCACUGUCAGUUUUCAAACUAUUGAAAUUUCAGCAUUUAAGGAACUACUUGAGCUAUUGAGAAACAAUUUCUUCGGGGGGGAACACAAAGUGUAGACCAAGCAUGGAAUGACUGUACAGUAACGGGAGUAAUAGGGCCUUGUGUAAGUAGGGCAGUUACAUGUAUUUCAUACAAGCUUAGAACGAUCUAGCAUAAAGCACUCAGCCUUUUCUUACCUGAAAGGAAUUAGCAUUUAAGCUUCAGUCUGUGCCAUUCAUUUUCUCAUACAUUGUCGAUUUUCCACUGGGUGAAUCACUUAACUUGGUAACCAUUUGAAAUCUGCCUUAUAAAUCCAUUGAGUGUUAUCGGCCCAUUUCAGAUCCUUAGCUUGUUGGACCUAAGAAAUGUCAACGUUUUAAAUUAAAGUUUGCUAAAAAUGCACGUAUACAUGUAUAUAUGAAUGUGCGGUAGCUAAUCACAAGGAUAUAUCAACGUAAUAUUCAGCAUUAUUCUUUCACACAAAAACCAUGUAUGGUAACAAGGAGAACCAAGUUUGUUAGAGACAAAACUUACAUAAUUCGUGUUUUUGCUUUGAUACAUUUGCCAUAUUACCUUCUGUAAAUAUGUGCUUGUCUUUCUUUAAUUCUAGGGUUCUUACAUGAAAUUAAUAUUGUUAUGCUUUAACCUUGGCCAUAUGGUGAGCAAAGAAAAGCAAAAAUAAAAAGAACUGGACAUUUUGGAAGGUGUGUUUUGUACACUUUAUUUAUAAUACAUGUGUUUUGUCACUACAUUGUAGGUCAGCAACACAUCUGGUAUUGGCUAUAAUGAAAACAUUUUUUGUUUUACUAAAUAAAGAAUUGAAUGAUCAUGAUACACCAUGACAAGAUUUUGUACAUUUGUGACCCACCAUCCCCAAACCAGGCUGAAGUCGGUUACUUCAUAACCCUAACACAGUGGAACUCCCACUGUUCAGAUUUUCACGGGAGUUUUAUGGCUAUCACUACCCGUAAGAAGCUUACUGCAGACAGAAUUUAGAUUUAACAUAGAUCACUUUACAGUGUGAAAAAAAAA